AUGGAACCAACACGGAUGAAGGUCGUCUUCUUUGAUCUGGACGGCACGCUUUUCGACCACGACCAUUCGCUACGCCUUGCGAUAUCCGCCAUACAGAGGAAAUAUUCUGGCCUCGCGGGGAAGAAUGUCGAGGAAUUGACUGGCCAGUACAACGCUGCUCUUCAACGAGCUUAUGAUGCUUACCUGGACAAGACGAUUACAUACGAAGAGGCCGACAUCCGGAAGAUUCACCUAUUCUUUGCAUCGCUUGGCUUGCCUGAACCCAGCCUUGACGAGGUCCAGGAGUUUCGUGACGCGUACAAGGUUGUUUACAGAGAGAAUCGGAGAGCAACGCCAGGGAGUAUCGAGGCUCUGGCCCGACUGCGUGAACAUGGAUUCCGCAUUGCCGUCAUCACCAACGGGCAGGUCGAGGACCAGGCAGCCAAGGCCAAGGCCAUCGGCAUAAUGCAUUUAAUCGACCGCAUUAUCACUUCUGAGGAAACUGGAUACCGAAAGCCUGAUUGCCGUAUCUUCCAAUAUGCCAUUGAACAGCUCGGCGCUUCUCUCGACACGACAUGGAUGAUAGGCGACUCAGCCGACUCUGACAUCAAGGGUGCCUUGGAUGCGCAGUUGGCUGCCAUCAUGUACUCC